GCCCUCGACGCCUGCGUGGAGCGGGUGCUGGCAGCCGGGAGGCUGGGACGCGCUGCUCUCGCCAAUGCCUCGGGGUCUGCCAACGCCUCGGACCCCGCCUGGGACUUUGCCUCUGCUCUCUUCUUCGCCAGCACGCUGGUCACCACCGUGGGACGCCGCUGACCGACGCGGGCAAGGCCUUCUCCAUCGCCUUCGCGCUCCUGGGCGUGCCCACCACCAUGCUGCUGCUGACCGCCUCGGCCCAGCGCCUGUCGCUGCUGCUGACCCACGCGCCCCUGUCUUGGCUGAGCAUGCGCUGGGGCUGUGAGCCGCGGCGGGCGGCCCGCUGGCACUUGGUGGCCCUGCUGGGGGUCGUACUGAUCGUCUGCUUCCUGGUGCCGGCGGCGGUCUUCGCCCACCUGGAGGAGAAGUGGAGCUUCCUGGACGCUUUCUACUUCGGCUUCAUCUCUCUGUCCACCAUCGGCCUGGGGGACUACGUGCCUGGAGAGGCGCCCGGCCAGCCCUACCGGGCCCUCUACAAGGUGCUGGUCACAGUCUACCUCUUCCUGGGCCUGGCCGCCAUGGUGCUGCUGCUGCAGACUUUCCGCCACGCGUCAGACCUUCAUGGCCUCACCGAGCUCAUCCUGCUGCCGGCGCCGUGCCCUGCCAGCCUCGGCGAGGAUGAGGAGGAUCGGGUGGACAUUCUGGGCCCCCAGACAGAGCAGCACCAACAACUCUCUUCCGGCUCGCACCCGGACUACGCUUCCAUCCCCAGGUAGCUGGGGCGGGCGCUGCACUGAACGGACCUGGCGGGGCAGAGGGGCCUCGUGACUGGAGCUGACGGUGCGAGGUUGUCCCAGAGCACACGGAGGAUGGUGAGGUGUCGCUGCCAACUGUCCGUCCCAUGUUUGAGCUGAGGGGCUGGGGCUCCUGUCCCAUGUUCUGGGCUCUACCGGGUGCCAACACCACCUGUUCUCCCCACUUCUUCGUCUUCAUUUCCUGCAGUCUGCCCUCUGGCUCUCCCUCCUUCCCUAGGGCUCUGACUUUUCCUUCUGUUCCUCCUACCCAGCCUCUCAGUUGCCGGUUUUCCCAGGCUCUGAGCUCCGGCCUCAUCUCAGGUACUUGAUCGGAAAAGCAACCAUCCCUUCCUGAGCCUUGAUGCCUCCGCAGUGAAGUAGAAUAAAGCCCCUCACCCCCAAACCUCUCCUUUGUGCUGGCCCUGUGCCAGGCAGUGCUAGACACAGUAGCGGUGGAGGAAGCUCUGGGCCCUGCUCUCACAGGGCUCAAAGUCCAGUAAGGUGACAAACCUGUCCCCAGCAGCAAUAGCCCCAAAUGGACAGGACUUCAAAUGGAGAGGCAGAGGGACAGGGGGCAUGAUGGAGAGAGCACAGCCAGAGUGGUCAGGAUUGAGGUGGAGAAAGCACAGGGAAUGUGCCUUAGCUAGUCUGGAAAGUCAGGAAGGACUUCCUGGAGGAAGAGACAACUAAGGCCUAAAACAUGGAGUAGUCAGGAGAAGAAGUUGUACCUGCCUCCUUUUUCUCAGAUGUCUCCAGAGAGCGGGGCCAGGACAGAGAGCUUUGGGGUGGCCCUAGGUAGGUAGGAUCUUUCUCAGCCCCCUGGCAGACAGAAAAUGACACAAGAUCCCAGCCCAGAUCUGAACAGCAUAGAAGACGCUGCUUGUAACCAUGACACCUUUUUAAAAAAUUUAAUUUUUAUUUAUUCAUUCAUUUAUUUUAAUUUGACCAGAGAGGGGCGCAGAGAGA